AUGUUUUUAAGUCAACCUACCUUGGUACAUAAAGAGUUGGAUCUAGAAUAUGUCUAUACGGACCAUGAUAUUUGCUUGAAAGGACCAACAAGACUUGGAUUUUUCUCGUUCUAUUGCAAUGAUGAAAAGGAAAGUGUUUAUUGCCCAGACAAAUCAUCUUUACGGUACUUGGACUUACCUAAUCCACUCUAUAUCAACUCACUCCAAGGAUAUGAUCCAAACGCCAAUUAUAGACAUAAAAAGUCAAAAAAUAAAAACUUGUUGCGAUGGAUUCUUGAAAAUGAAACAAUUGUUCGUAACUUUACUUACGAUUUCAUCAGUAAUGAUGGUGUAUUGAAAGAUAUUAUGACUUCUUCAUAUAAUGAUUUCGAUUGGAACAUUUGUGCUGUCAAAAUCAGAGGGAAAAUUGUUCUAGCUAGAAAUACUGUUCUAAAUAGAAUAGCUUCGUUUGAAAAAGAAAUUCAAAUUGAUGCUCGAUCAGAAAUGGACAACAAAUCGCUUUACGUAGCUACUAAUUUGCAACGUUUGAUUACCAAGAACAACAAUCAUCCAGAAUUUGCUUCUUGGAAAGAAUAUUAUUGCUUUUAUGGUGUUUUCCACUCAAACAUUGGUUCUCAUGGAAUAAUUCAUGCUGGAUAUUUGGAUUGUGUCGAGAGUCAAAAAGAAAUGGAUAAACCUUUUGAUGAAAUGAAGUUUGUGCUAAUCAAAAAGCACAACUCUUUGAAAUUGUCAUAUUCAUCUUUGCAAGCUUACGUUUGGUGGUCAUUGGCUACUCUUGCUGGAGUUGAUAAAAUUAUUCAUGCUAAAUGCGAACAAGACUUUAGAGUAAAAAAUACCAAUCAGUUAAUUGUAAGCAGAAUGCUUCCUAGAGAAAGACAAAAGCAGCUUUUCACUACAUUGAACUUGGUUCUUGAUUUCGUCAAGUCAAUUGUUAAAGUUGAAAACCAAUAUUAUAACUUUUAUUUCAAUUGUACGAAUCGAAAGUUGACUGGAAACAUGAGAAUGGAACCAAAUGACAAUAUCAUUCCAUCUUGGUUUAUUGAUGGACAACUUCCCAAACCUUAA